AUGAGCGGGAGGAUUCUCUCGCAUCGUCUUGUUCCGCUCCUGCGGAAUGGUCUUUUAUCGCGCCAUGUACACAACGCCGCCGCGCGGACCGGAGGCCUUCUACGAGCCGAAAGUGGUGCUGCUCUGCGCGGCCGCGCCUGGCCUGUCGGCGCGAACUCCAUCCACAACAAUGUGCCCGCUGUGCGGGCAAUUUCCUUCGCACGCAUCCUGCCGAAGCUUGCGGUGAAGCUGCUACGGGUGCCUGCGAUGUUUGGGGGUGCGAUGGUAGCUGGGUUGGCGUAUUUCCAGUAUCAGGCUACACAGGCGGGGAACUAUGCGAUAGAUGUGCUUAAACGUGCCAGUGAAACAGCGGGGGAUGCGGCGUCGGGAUUGUUUGCAGGUUUGCAGAAUGUGGCUGAUCAAACACAACGAGGGUGGCAGAAGUCUACAGAGAACAUUGAGGCCCCCGAGUGGUUGCAGAAGAUACUACGGCUCGACCAGGACUCGCAGGGUGACGGGUCGUCUGGCGGCAGCGGUGGUGGACAGCCGCCAAGGGAGAGCCGAGCGGGCGUCGCCGCUGCUGGUGCUGCUGUCGCGACCGCAUUCGGGCAGGAGGAAGACGAUAUUGCAGGUCGAAGAGAUGCAGAGAACGAUCAGAUGAUGCUGCUCACCCGGAAGAUGAUCGAGAUUCGGAACAUUCUUCAGACUGUCGGACAAUCUGGUACUCUGACCCUGCCGUCUAUCGUGGUCAUUGGUUCGCAGUCGUCUGGCAAGAGCUCUGUUCUUGAGGCUAUAGUUGGGCAUGAAUUUCUUCCGAAGGGGACGAAUAUGGUCACCCGACGUCCGAUUGAGCUCACUUUGAUCAACACGCCGAAUGCGCAAGCGGAGUAUGGAGAAUUCCCUGCUCUUGGAUUGGGGAAAAUCACCGACUUUUCACAGAUCCAACGGACGUUGACCGAUCUAAACCUGGCAGUCCCUGAGAGGGACUGCGUUUCCGACGACCCGAUUCAGCUCCAGAUCUACUCUCCCAACGUUCCAGACCUAUCUCUUAUCGAUCUUCCCGGUUAUAUCCAGGUUUCCGGACACGAUCAGCCACCGCAGUUGAAGCAGAAGAUCGCGGAUCUCUGUGACAAGUAUAUCCAACCACCGAAUGUUAUCCUCGCCAUCUCCGCGGCUGAUGUUGAUCUAGCCAACUCGACUGCUUUGCGGGCAAGUCGCCGAGUCGACCCAAGGGGCGAAAGGACGAUUGGCGUAAUCACAAAAAUGGACCUCGUUGAUCCAGAACGAGGCCUCAAUAUCCUUUCAGAUGAAAAAUAUCCUCUUCGCCUUGGAUACGUGGGUGUUGUGUCUCGCAUUCCUCAAACCAAUGCUCUAUUCUCCCGGGGAAGCGGAAAUAUUACAAGCGCAAUCCUCAAAAACGAGACCGCAUACUUCUCAGCACACCCAGCAGAAUUUGGCGCCGAGUCAGGCGUGGCCGUCGGUGUCUCGACUUUACAGAAAAAACUAAUGCACGUCCUUGAGCAAACGAUGGCAUCAAGCCUAGCGGGUACUAGGGAUGCCAUCAGCCAGGAACUAGAAGAAGCGACAUACGAGUUCAAGGUCCAGUAUAAUGACCGACCUCUGAGCGCCGAAUCAUAUCUUGCAGAAAGCCUUGAUGGCUUCAAGCAUUCCUUCAAAGCUUUUGCCGAAAGCUUUGGUCGACCUCAAGUCCGUGAGAUGCUAAAGGCCGAGUUGGACCAGCGCGUUUUGGAUAUUCUCGCCCAGAGAUACUGGAAUCGGCCAAUUGACGACUUGUCACCACCAAUGGCUGAGCCGGACCCUCUCAGCGACCUUCCUAAGGCUGACCCUGAAUCGCUAUACUGGCACCGCAAGCUCGAUGCCUCGACAUCGUCCCUUACAAAGCUUGGCAUUGGCCGAUUAGCUACCACCGUCGUGGCGAAUGCGAUCCAAGGUCAUGUUGAGCAACUUCUAACUAACUCUACUUUUGCCGCCCACCCCUACGCUCAGAAACAGAUCGGUGAUGCCUGCAACAGUAUCCUCAAUGACCGGUUCUUUAGCACUAGCGACCAGGUUGAGAAUUGCAUCAAGCCAUACAAGUAUGAGAUCGAAGUUGAGGAUCCGGAGUGGACGAAGGGCCGAGAGAACGUCAGCAAAACCCUAAAGGAGGAACUGAAAGCUUGCGAGGCAGCCCUCAAGAACGUCGAAGACAGCGUCGGAAAGCGGAAGCUCAAAGACGUCAUCUCCUUCAUCGACAAAGUCCGAAAAGGCGAGGUCGUCCUUGACGGCGACGGCUCCGGUGGUGCAGGAGGCUUCAGCGCGUCACUCUUAGCCCGAGGCCGAGAAGGCGCCUUCCUCCGCGACCGAGCCGACAUUCUAAAGAUGCGUCUGCUAGCAAUCCGCUCCAAACAGUGCGCCUCCCAGAAGAACAAGUACUACUGCCCAGAGAUCUUCCUCGACGUCGUCGCCGACAAACUCACAUCCACCGCCGUGCUCUUCCUGAACGUCGAGCUUCUCUCCGAAUUCUACUACAAUUUCCCCCGUGAGCUCGACAUGCGGCUGGGCCGGCACCUCUCCGAUGCAGAGGUUGAGCGCUUUGCACGCGAGGACCCGCGCAUCCGUCGCCAUUUGGACGUUAUCCGCAAGAAGGAGCUGCUUGAGCUUGCGCUGCAGAAGAUCGAGAGCAUUCGCCAGCUUGAUGGGCGGAGUGGUGGGAAGAUGAGGUCUGAGCGGGAGAGACCGCUUGGUGGUGCUGGGAAGGGGGAGAGGGGACGGGGGUGGAAUAUCUUUUAA